AAAUUUCUUCAAGGUAUCAUUCCGUUGUAAAAUCAAGGGGGCAUAUCGACCCUUUUGUCAUUUGAGUUUAUCAACUUCCUUUUAGCGGCGAGAGGCGAGAAACCCGAAACUGUAAUCGAACCAAAUAAUUAAUUUCCCUGUUAAACAAAAGCUAGGGCUCUCUCUUUGUUCAUGUGCAAUUGAUCUUUAAUCAGGGCAUGGAUUCAUCGGACGAUGAGGCGGAAGUUGGGCCGCAGUCUGUGUCGAACUAUCAUUUUGUAGAUGAUGAGGAUGAACCGAUUUCAUUCUCCACGUUACCCUUUCAAUGGAGUGAGAAGGAGGGUGUUGAUGAAAAGAAUAAGUAUCAGAUUUUCUUGCACGGGUCUGCAGACAGUGGACUUAGGACAAUUCACGUGGGAGUUAUAGCUUGGAAAUUUGAUUUGUUGAAUGCAAAUCCUGAAAUAUCAGUGCUUACCAAGGACAAGAAAUGGAUCAAACUGCAAAAGCCGAGGAAGAGCUUUGAGGAAAUGAUUAGAACCGAAUUGAUUACGGUGCAUUGUUUUCAUUACGCUAGGAGGAACCCGGAGGCAUCUAAGAAAUCUGUGUGGGACUACCUUGCCAAGGUUUUCAGCUUGUAUGAUGUCAAACCUUCUCAGAAUGACUUAGUCGACCAGAUGGAUUUAAUAUCUGAAGCUGUCAAAAGGGAUGAUUCUUUGUCAAAAUCCAAGUUUCUGCUCUCAUUUCUUGAGGAGAAGCCAAGGAAGAGAAAGCUCUCUGAUGAGGAUGUCCAAGCUACUAAUACGUCUGGAUUUAUAGUUGAUGACAUUGAUGUGGAUGAUGAAAUCCUUGAAGAUGCUGAAGAAGACGAAUCUAGUGGCGAUGGAUUGUUUGAUUCUGUUUGUACAUUUUGUGAUAAUGGUGGAGAACUUAUAUGCUGUGAUGGAUGUUGUAUGAGGUCUUUUCAUGCAUCGGUAGAGGACGGCAGUGAUUCCAUGUGUGUGUCGCUGGGUAUGACAAAGAAUGAAGUUGAUGCAAAGGAUUUUAUUUGUAAGAAUUGUGAAUAUAAGCAGCAUCAGUGCUUUGCUUGUGGAGAGUUGGGAUCAUCUGAUAAAUCAUCUGGUGCUCAGGUCUUCCGCUGUGCCAAUGCAACGUGCAGUUAUUUUUAUCACCCACAUUGUAUUGCAAAGUUACUUCACCAGCAGGAUGGCAAUGCUGCUAAGGUGCUUGAGAAAAAGAUUGUCGCAGGAGAGGAUUCUUUUACUUGCCCCAUUCAUAAGUGCUGUGUAUGCAAACAAGGAGAAAAUAAGGAAAUAAAGGACCUGCAGUUUGCUGUUUGCAGGCGCUGCCCCACAUCAUACCAUCGUAAAUGUUUGCCAAGUGAUAUUUUUAUUGAAAAGAUAACAAAAGAAGGAGAAGAAAAUGAUGAUGAAGAAGAAGAAGAAGAAGAAGAAAGGGAAAUAAGAGGGUGGGAGAAUCUACUGCCCAACCGUGUACUGAUAUAUUGUUUAGAACAUGAAAUUGAUGAUAAGAUUGGAACUCCAAUCAGAGACAUAAGAUUCCCUAAUGUUGAAGAAAAGAAGAAGAAGAAACAAAUAUCAGAGUUGCCUGGAAGCUCAGGGAAAGUUUUGUUAAAGAAAAGAAGGCUUACAUCAGAAGCAUGCCAUUCAAGAGAUGCUGUUGUUAAAAAGUUUAAGGAGUCAUCUUCUGAUGUGAAAAAGGUGGUAAAUAUAAAAAAUAUUGAAAAGAUAUCAUAUGGAUCAAAUAUACUGAGGAAAGUGAAAGAAAGUAAUGCAUCCAACAAAUCGUUCAAGGGAAACAUGAAGUCUUCCUCGAUAGACGUUGGUAGGCCUGUAACAACUAAUGUAAAGAAGACCUCUUUGGGUGACAAAUUAUUUACCUUGACAAAUGAACGGCUUCAACUAGGUGGGAACCAGGACAUGAAUUGUAGUGAACUUAAUAAGUCCUUGACAGUUAAAAAGACUUCUGCAAUGAAGUUGAGCAGCGAGCCACCUUCAUUAGAUGAUGACACACGAAAGAGAUUGUUGGAAUUAAUGGAAGAAUCUGCUUCUUUGAUAACCAUUGAAGAUAUAAGGAAAAAGCAUGAGGUUCCAUCUACGCAUUCACAAUCAUUAAAGCAUUUUGUUGAAAAAAAAAUUUCGGCUGGAAAGGUGGCGAUUGCAGUCGAGGCUGUUAGGGCAGCUCUAAAGAAGCUAGAGGAUGGAUACAGCAAGGAAGAUGCGCAGGCUGUUUGUGAACCAGAUUAUCUAAAUGAGGUCUUUAGGUGGAAGGACAAGCUUAAAGUGUAUCUUUCACCAUUCCUUCAUGGAAUGCGCUAUACAUCCUUUGGGCGCCACUUUACGAAAGUAGAAAAACUCAAAGAGAUCGUCAACAUGCUCCAUUGGUAUGUAGAAGAUGGCGAUAUGGUUGUCGACUUCUGCUGUGGUGCUAAUGAUUUUAGUUGCUUGAUGAAAGAGAAGCUCGAGCAGACUGGGAAGAAGUGCUUAUACAAAAACUUUGAUGUUAUCCACCCAAAGAAUGAUUUUAAUUUCGAGAAGAGGGAUUGGAUGACUGUUCGUCCACAUGAGCUGCCAAAAGAGGGUUCACAAUUGAUCAUGGGGUUAAAUCCUCCCUUUGGGCUAAAAGCAUCUUUGGCUAACAAGUUCAUCAAUAAGGCUCUUCAGUUUAAACCAAAACUUCUUAUCCUGAUUGUUCCACCUGAAACAGAAAGGUUGGACAAGAAGAAGGAUUCACCUUAUAAUCUUGUUUGGGAGGACGAUCAGCUUGUGUCAGGAAUGUCAUUCUAUCUUCCUGGUUCUAUUGAUGGGGAUAACAAAAUAAUAGAGAAUUGGAAUGCAAUUGCACCGCCGGUUUAUCUUUGGAGUCGUUCUGAUUGGCAUGGUAAACACUUGGCAAUAGCUCAAAAGCACGAUCACUUAUCCAGGCAACAGAGAGUAUCAUCUGUGAAGGAAAUUAUUCAUGAAGCUGACACCUAUGAUGCUCCACUGAAGGUCGACUCUUUUAAUACCAAUGCUUCACAGCCGAUAGAUGAUUUUCACGCACGAAAUAAAGAAUCAAAUCAUAGCAUAAGUGGAAAUCAAAGUGGUGAAGAAUGCCUCUCCCGUGACAAUGCUAACAGAAAAAGCCAAGAUAAUCUUGGCCAUGAGAGAAACCAGUCUGGAAGGAAUAGAAAGCAGCACGGUAAAGAUAAGACUGGGAUAGCUACAACCGAAAAGUUGCCGGAGUAUAGACAGAACAGUGAAAUGCCUUCCAGAAGUGAUGAUUCAUACAAGGAAAUACCUCAUUAUUCUCCACCUAAUAUGGCUGCUAGUAGAUCCUCACAGGAACGCCCAUCAUUCAGAUCUUUCGAAAUGUCUCCGCAUCCAGAAAUGGGCGAAAGUAGUUUUCCUGAUAUGGAUACCAGCAUGUUUAAUCCUCAUAUCCCAUAUGGAAGAGCUUACAAUGGCGCCAUGAACUGUGAUGAGUAUUCUCAUGGUGUUGGUGGACUUUCUCAUUCCAAUUUGGAUGGUGGUGGUUUUGGUUAUAGAUCCUAUACGCCAGAAUUGAGGGAGCCAGAGUUACGGUCCCAAAUUCCACAGUAUGGUCAAUAUCCCGAUUCUUUUGUCCAAAGGAAUUAUAUGGGCAGCCACGACUCGGGAUACAGCCGUACGAGGCCACAGCCACCUAUGCCCUAUGGGCACAUGGGUACAGCUCCAGAGCCUCCGCAUAUGAUGAACAUGUCAACAAUGCAGCGAUACGCACCUCGAUUAGAUGAACUGAACCAUACAAUGAUCGAUAACUUUGGUUCUGAUCCUUCUAUGAUGAAUAGGAAUGACAUGUAUGAUCCAAGACUUCAGAGACCACCUCAACCGAGUUACCAAGUUGACUCGAUGAACUUCGCUCCAGGUCCGCAUCACCAAUACUCAUACCAGAACUCAGCAGGUUGGCUUAAUGAGUAGUUAUAUGUUGCCAAUAUUCUGUAGGGUUUAGUAAGUAUUUGCUGGUAAGUGAUUGUGUAUAUAUAACUUUGCUUUGUUAUGAACGUAGACUUGACAACGCUUUGCCAACCUGAAUGUUAUCAAAAAGUGGUUGCGUAAUAAUUAGGUAGCUUGUGUUUAUUUUUUCUUAUAAAUAUAAGAAUCUUCAUCAA